UGUGUGCGUACUAGCCCGCCCCCGCGCGUGUGUGUUGUGUGCGCGUGUGUAUGUUGUUAUUAUUAUCCUCCCGCCUGCCCGCGCCUCUCCUCUCCUCUCCGCUCCGCUUGUCUCCGGCGCGCUCGGCUCAGAAUGGCCAGAUUCACGCAGAGUGAAGCGAGGCGGCAGCAGCAGCAUCAGCAUCAGCAGCAGCAGACUCCCCCACAGCCCGCCCACGCCAGCGCGCUCCUCGACGCGUCACCAGCACCACUGUCAGCAGCCCCGAGCCCGCAGCACGCGCACCUCGCGGUCCCCAAGCCCAUGAGCGGCCCCGAGUCCGGCUCCGUGAUCCACGCCGACGGCGGCGCCAUGAAGGACCAGGACGCCAUCAAGCUCUUCGUGGGCCAAAUACCGCGCAACCUCGAGGAGAAGGACCUCAAACCGCUGUUCGAACAGUUCGGCAAGAUCCACGAGCUCACCGUGCUGAAGGACCGCUACACCGGCAUGCACAAAGGCUGCGCGUUCCUCACCUACUGCGCUCGUGAGUCAGCCAUCAAAGCCCAGAAUGCACUGCACGAACAGAAAACUCUGCCAGGGAUGACACGGCCUAUUCAGGUUAAACCAGCUGACAGCGAGAGUCGUGGAGAGGACAGGAAGCUGUUUGUUGGCAUGCUGAACAAGCAGCAGACGGAGGAGGAUGUGUACCGCCUUUUCGAGCCUUAUGGAGUGAUUGAAGAGUGCACCGUAUUGAGGGGUCCUGAUGGAAACAGCAAAGGAUGUGCCUUUGUUAAAUUCUCCACACACACCGAGGCGCAGUCAGCAAUCAGUGGCCUCCACGGGAGCCAGACCAUGCCUGGAGCAUCCUCCAGUCUGGUAGUGAAGUUCGCCGACACUGAUAAGGAGAGGACCAUCCGCCGCAUGCAACAGAUGGUCGGCCAGUUUGGCAUCUUCAACCCUGCUGUGGCUCUGCCAUUCAGCACAUACAGCAGCACCUACAGCACCUACACGCAUGCUCUGAUGCAGCAGCAGGCGGCCAUAAUGGCUGCGUCUCACGGUGGCUACCUGGCACCCAGCAUGGCGUUUCCGGCUACACAGAUCCACCAGGUGGGGGCGAUCAACAUGAACGGCCUGCCGCCCACUCCCAUGACUCCAGUGUCAGGACUGAGUUCUCCCCCUGCUAACCUGGCAUCCUCGGGCGUGCCCAGCAUAGUGACACCCAUCGUUAAUGGCUUCACUGGUAUCCCAACGCAGCCCAAUGGUCAUCCGGUGGAGGCGGUCUACGCCAACGGCCUGCCACCAUACUCCACCCAGAGCCCCACUGCUGCCGACACACUUCAGCAGGCUUUCACUGGCGUCCAACAGUACACAGCUAUUUACCCCACCACCACACUGACUCCUAUAGGCCAGACACUGCCACAGCCGCCUCAGGUCAUUCAGCAGCAGCAACAACAGAGAGAAGGUCCAGAGGGCUGCAAUCUCUUUAUCUACCACCUGCCACAGGAGUUUGGAGAUAAUGAACUCAUGCAGAUGUUUCUACCUUUCGGCUCCGUCAUCUCCUCCAAAGUUUUUAUGGACCGAGCUACCAACCAGAGCAAGUGUUUUGGCUUUGUGAGCUUCGAUAACCCUGGCAGUGCCCAGGCAGCCAUCCAGGCCAUGAAUGGCUUCCAGAUCGGCAUGAAGCGCUUGAAAGUGCAGCUCAAGCGGCCAAAGGACGCCAGCCGCCCCUACUGACCCUCGCCCAGGACACUCACACACAUACACACACACACACACAGCUGACAGCACAGGUUUUGAACAGUCUUGACAUCUGUAACAGAUGGAAAACUUUACUUGCAAAACCAAGAAGGAAAAGUGACCAACAAGAAAAAAACCAAGAAGAAAAAAAAGAAUCAAAUAAAUGCAGCUUACAAAUAAGUACAUGAUUUUUUUUUUUUUUUUAAGAAAAAAAAAAACAUAUCAGAUUUGACUUUGUGUGCAACACCACGGCGAUGAGAAGUUUAGGGAACAACAUGACAGGGAACGUCAGUAUCAAGAGGACUGAAGCCAGCAAUGAGAAAGCCAAACAGGACAAAAAAAAAAUGAACAAACUUUUCCUUGGAAAAAAAAAAAACAACCAGAGAGAAAGACUGUUUGAAAGACAGAUUUUGGAUUGAUGCUGAAGAAGCCACAGUUUUCACGAGGCAUUGAGCGACACCUGUGGCUUUUACUUCUAUGGACUAAUGAGGGUUUAAUCUCCAAGGUACAAAAAAAAAAAAGAAGAAACAUUUCGUCAUUUGGACGGAUGUAAGAAUUCUCUCUGUAUCUCUUUCUCUCUUUUUUUCUGCAGAGCUCUUGUAUAUGGCUCAUUAGAGGUUCCACAGAAGCAGUAUCGUUGCAAAUCUUUCUCUCGCUUUCCUUCCUCUCUUUUGAUCCCUCUCUUUCUCUCUCUCUCUCUCUCUUUCUCUCUCUCUCUCUCACCCAUGGCCCCAUUGGGGUCCAGAGGACCAAAUCUUUUUAAUCUCUAUCUAUAGUAACGUUCAAUAUUAUCACUGAUUAUCUUAUGAUACAGGAUAUUGCAUAAAUUAUUACAAUUAAGAGUUAGAGAAAAAUACUUCAGGGUGUAUAGUGUAUGUUUAAAAAAAAAAAAAAAAAUCAGGGGGGUUCUGUUUCGUUGUGAAUAAACUAGGUUCUAGGUUAAAGGAGCAAAGCUACAGUGAUGGUUAUUGACAUAGAAUUGGACAUGCGUUGACAUGAGGGGUUCGUUCUCCUUUCUCAUUCACAGCCACACCUCGUUUUUAGAAAAGGUCACUCUUUUGAAAUAUUGAACAAAAAGGGAGUGGGAGAUACAGGUUUUCAAAUAUAGGCAGAUAAUAAUUCUAUUUACUAAGCGUCAAGAUAUGUUUCAGUGAUUCAACAGACGCGCGGAAAUGUACUAAUCUAAAUUUCAUUUUAGCACCUCUUUGUCAUAUUUUCCCUAAAGCUAAUGCGGCGUCCUCCACCGUAAACAAAAAAAAGACAUAUGAAUCACAGAACAGAAACAAACCAAACAAUAAGCCCUAGUGUCUAACUCACAUCAUUAUUCCGUUCUAUAUUCAGGCCUUGUUUAAAAAAAAUGUGAAUUAACAGUGUAUUACAUAAAUCUAUAACUCCACGCCCUGUUCAAAUAUAUAAUUAGGGUUAAUGCACACUGAUGCAGGCAAAUCUGAAAAUGCAGUUUUUCGGUUUUAGAACAGUAGUCCAUGUCGUGAAAAAGCUUCCCACCUACAAAAACAUACACAAAUGAUGGAAAACACACCUCAUUCACGCUAUGUCGGAAUUACUGUAAUUACUAGAUGACAACCGGACAUUCUACUCGGAGCUUUACACUUCCUCGGACUCGGAAUAACGCAUCUCUAUAAGCCUAAACGAAUCCGUAUGAUUUGAUGUUGUUGACAACUGCAAAAUACAUCAUUACAACAUUCAAUCACAUUUUUUAUGCUAAAUAUUGAAGAAUACAGAAUGCAACAAUUUAUUAAUAACGCAGGCAUUGGUAAUGUGUUUUUGAAAAAAUAAACAACAACUAAAACUUUGUGCUAGCUACAUUAAAAUGUAUUGUAGAGUAUGUCUUUCUUUUAUUUUCAGAUUAAUCGUGCAUUAUUAAGACAGUGGUGGCUUAGGGCGUUACUGAUCAGAAGGUCGGGGGUUCAAGCCCCAGCACCUCCAAGCUGUCACUGUUAGGCCCUUGAGCAAGGUCCUUAACCCCCUCUGCUCCAGGGGUGCUGUAUCAUGGCUGAUCCUGCACUCUGACCCCAACUUCCUAACAUGCUGGGAUAUGCGAAGAAAAUGUAAUGUAUAUGUGACAAAUAAAGACUCAUUAUCAUUAAUAAUAGUCAAUCAUACAAAUUAUUACACAGAAAUAUUACGACUUAACCACUUAAGUACAUUUUAUUGCUGAAGCCGCCACCAUUUUGAGUGUUUCGGCGUGAUGUCGCGGCGGUCAGGUGAUAGAAAUUGGAGCUCUUAGAAAAUUCCUAGUUCACAACUUGUAAUUACAAGUUCUACGAGGACAUGAACGCUUUUUCCAAGUCGGAAUCUCAUAAUUACCGUAAUUACGACGCGGUGUACGACGCAUUUCACAUGUUUUGCCACCAAGUACAUAAGACAAGCUUUCUUGUACAUCGCAGUAUUGCUUGUAUACUAAACAAAGCAGACAAGCAUGAAAUUGAAAAAAUGACUGAAACUACAUAAAAUUGCAUCACAGUGGGUUCAGACAUCUUGGAAUUGUAGCGAUCACAUGAUAAACACAUGUCAGUGUUUUUAAAGGCUAUGUUUUUCUGAUCUAAAACGCGAAAACAUCGCUUUUCAGAUUUAUCCGCUUUGGAGAACGGAUUCAAAAAUGCUGUUUCGUUGUGGAUGCGAAACCAAACGGGAUACAUUUUACAAAGACUGGACUGGGCCUUAUUUAAACUCGUAAAGGCAGUCCAUAACGUUACAUUGCUUUUUAUUACGUCGCUUUCUGCCUCUGAACAUUUGCACGGAACAUGUUUAUGCUAUAAAAUAUCAGAUAUACAGCAGUACACAACAGCUCUGAUCAAAUUCUCAAAGAAACAUUACAUCAGGUGGAAUUAAACAUGGAGUCAGUAUAGUUGAUUUUUAAGUUGGAAUAUUUGGCAACCUGACUUUCGAUCAGCUGUCAAGAAAAAACUCCCUGGCUCCCCAAUGCUCUGUAAACAUGAGAAACAUUAAUAAUGUGGACCACAUCUAACAUCCAACCAAAUUUAAACUUCCCUGUCAAUAUAGCAAGCUCUGCCUCUCUUACUAGCCUCUCUUACUAGCUUUUUUAGGCAUGUGUUGUGGGGGGUGUGGCUAUAUAAAUUAGCUGUAAUGAUUUGGACUUUCAAACCAGCUCAUUUCUGCCAAAACUGCUAACUAUACCUUUAACAUCCUCUUAGCCCUGCCAAAAAAAAAAAAAGAAAACCCCGUCAGUUAUGACGCCAGCUUACGCUACUGCGACGUCACCUUCUUGUACAUGUUAACUCGUUUUGAAUCUUGCAUGUAGAAUUUCUACUGUACUAACACCAGAAUAGAAAUUAGAAGAAGGUAGAUGCUGUUUUUAAAAAUCUGUUUUUUGAGAUAACAUGAAUUUGGGUUUUUUUUGUUUUUUUCUAGAGAUAUAGACAUCUGCUACACGUAUAUUAUCAUAAAGUAAUAAAGGGAAUUAAGGGGAUUGAUCAGUACAUUGCAGUAGAUAUAGGAUGAGGUGUGGCUGCUGCUAAAAAAAAGCUUCCUCAGUGACUCAGUUGUAUUUCACUGACACAUUCCUUAUUGCAUUUGAGGUAUGUUUUAAUUUAAGGCCAUAUCAGGAUUUAGACUUUGCUACUGCGUCGUUAUUUUGGGUUGAAACCCAACAUGAGACUGAAACAGACAAUACAACGCAAAUGAAAUCUCCAACUGCCCAUGGAUUAUUCUGUUUGUUAGACCUAGUGAUUAGGGACCAAGUGACACGUCAGAAUGCUGAAAAAUUCUACGAUUUAACAAUGUGCAGUAAUUCUGGACGAUACACAUUUCUAGUUUCCUGUUAGGCUGCAGAUAAAAUCACAGCCAAAACGUAAUAUUCUUCUGUCCAUUUACCGUAAACAGCUCUCAUUAGAGUUGAAAGCCGCAGAUGAUGAGGAAGCAUUUACCAUGUAAAGUUUAAACUGCCAUUGGCUUUGCCCUUUUAUCCUAGGAUCAUUUUAGCUAUGUGCCAAUUGAAAGGUCUGAAUUCUGUGAUUUUUUUGUGACAAUAUGGUCAGCAAUCACACACACCCACCUACACACACACACACACGCACACACACACACACACACACACACACACACACACACACACACAUAUAUUAAAGGGAUGUAACGCAAUGACACUAUGUGGCUGUAUUUGGAUUUAAAACCAAAUUUAAAGUGUGCGUGACCUAAUCCAGAAGGGGUUUGCUUUGUUUUUGUUUUUUAUUAAAUAUCAAAAAAAUAAACCAUUGGGAAAAAACUGAGGUAGAAAUGUCAGCUCUGUCGGCAUGCUCUGUGAAUUCUGACUCUGACAGUCCUCAACCUCAGCUACAUCACUAUAAUCCAGCUAGAGAUCUACACAGGACUAGUUUUUGUUGUUGUUUGUUUGUUUUUUAAAGCGCUCCUAUUAUGAUUUUUCAAAUAAGACUUUUCAUGUAGUGUGUUUAUAGAGCUGUUUGUGAAUGUAAAAAAUCUGCAAAGUUUAAAAAAUCAAAGCGCAGGACAAACAGAGUUAUUGACUCCCAAAUGAAGGAACCGAUUCUGAACAGCUUAAACAACUCAUUAGUGAUUCCAGACUUACUUCCUGUACUAACCUACGUAGGUUUGUAAUAAAAACCCCGCCUCCGGUCUUCAUCGGCUGCUCGCGAAUAGACUGAGCUGAAACUCGUUAUGGUAGUGGGCGUUUCCUUUUUGAAACACGCUGACAGCAGUAGACCAAUCACAACAGACUGGGACAUCUGACCAAUCAGAGCAGAGUAUGCUCUCUGAAAGGAAGAGUUUAGAAUGAAUCCUUUAGAACGGAUCAUUGAAUGAGUUGUUUGUGACACUGGGGGGGACAAAGGUAACGCUGCAGUUUAAAUUACGAGCACAUUAAAGUGUUUUUAGACCUUGGAUUCAUUUAAAUCUGAGAACUUUAAAACACAAUUAGGCACGUUUCAAAUCCAUAAUAGGUGCGCUUUAAAUCCCUCUUGCAAAAAGUUAUGAUGCUAGUUUGUACCUUCCCCUGAUAUUUUCGAAUAAAUUGAUUCGGUUCUAUUACCCAAAGUAUGUAUAUAAAAAAGUUGUAGCCUAAUUUAAACCACCGUGACCCUGGACAGGCCAUGCUAUAAAUCAGAGUUGUCCGAUCUUAUCUGGAAAAGACCGGUGUGGGUGCACGUUUUCAUUCUAACCAAGAAGAAGCCACACCGGAGUCUGUUGAAAGCCAAGAUGAACCGAUUAAACAGGUGGAAUCCAGUUUGGCAUCUACUUGAUUGGAAUGAAGACCUGCACUCACACUGGCUUUUUGUGGAUAAGAUUAGACAGAUAAGAUUAGACAAUUUUUGCACUGUCAUUAACAUUGCUACAUAUUGAUCCUACUUUUUUUUGUUGCACCCCCUCAAGUCCCAGUCCCAAUAGAGCACCUCCUAUAUGCAAUAGUAUCAUCUAUUCAUUCUUU